AUGGCUUCUCCUAUACCUCAUCUACGAGCGGGCCGGACGGGCGACGUGGUGGAGAUGACCGCCCGUCCAAGGUCAGCAGGUUCAAAGGAAGACACCGAUGUUAUCGUCGGUCGGGCAGAUGUUGACUCGGAGUCUGAUGGGCCGCGCGAUGAGUUCAAAUCCACCAGCGCCGACGAGAUCAACAUGCGCCGAAUGGGAAGAAACCAACAGCUCGUCCGCUAUUUCCGUGUCAUCUCAAUGGCCUCGUUUGUUGCCAUUGCCACGGCUGCCUGGGAGAUAGGUCUUUUCAACAUCAGCCCGGGUUUGACUGACGGAGGCCGACCUGCUCUGGUAUAUUCUGUGCUUUGGAACUUUGUGGGCUUUGGCCCUAUAUAUCUAAGCAUGGCUGAGAUGGCCAGUAUGGCGCCUAUCGCGGGUGCCCAAUACCACUGGGUGAGCGAAUUCGCACCUGAAAGUCUCCAGAAAGUUCUCAGCUACUAUACAGGCUGGACCUCAACCAUGGCCUGGCAGGCAGGAAACGCACUUGGCGUUUUUCUCGUCGGCACGCUAAUUCAGUCCAUUAUUUCCAUCAACAAUCCCAACUACGCUUUCCCCAAGUGGCAUGCUACACUUCUCGUCAUCGGCGCUGUUAUCGUAGCCUUUGUCGGAAACGUGUUCGGUCACAAGGUGCUUCAUCUCUGGCAGAAUGCGGUUUUUGUCAUCCACGUCCUAGCAUACUUUGCGUUCAUCAUCCCUAUAUGGGUGAAUGCCCCACGAGCCACGACCAGUGAAGUUUGGACCGAGUUUACAAAUGAGGGUGGUUGGUCUAGUACUGGAUUUGCCGUUUUGGUUGGCCAACUUUCUGGCAUUUACACUCAACUUGGUCUUGAUACCGCUGCGCAUAUGUCCGAGGAAGUCAAAGACGCCGCGAAGUCUGUCCCCAAGGCGAUGAUUAGUAUCUAUAUCAUCAACUUCUGUCUGAUUUUCCCGGCCGUUCUUACGGUGGCCUACCACAUCCCCAACAUCGACGACGCACUUGCCGAUCCCACCUUGUACCCUACCAUCUACGUUCUACGACAAUCCAUGUCCACUGCAUGGAUGACAGUCAUACUCACUAUCAUAAUCGCGUUACUUAUCUGCUCAAACAUAACAUAUCUGGCUGCGGUCACUCGGGAUAUUUGGGCCUUCGCCCGAGAUCAAGGGUUCCCUUUCUCCAACUGGAUUUCAAAGGUCGACGAAAAGCGCCAUAUUCCCACAAACGCCAUCAUCGUUACAAGCAUUUGCAGUAUCUGCCUCAGUUUGAUCUACCUCGGCAGUCCCGUGGCCUUCUACGCCAUCACUUCUUUGCUCUCCGUGGCCCUGCUCCAGUGCUACUGUCUCAGCAUUGGCUGCCUCCUGUGGCGGAGGAUUUGUCACCCCGAGACCCUGCCUCCAGCCAAAUUCUCGUUGGGCAAGUUCGGCAUUCCUAUCAACGCCGCAGCCGUUGCAUUCGCUCUGUGGAAUUUCUUCUGGUGCUUCUGGCCUACUUAUUUUCCCGUAACGGCGUCCAACUUCAAUUGGGCCUCGGUGCUUUUUGGUGGUACUUUGAUUGGCGCGACAAUUCAUUUUAUUAUCGUGGCGCGCAAAAAUUACCAUGGGCCCGUCGCUUUGGUCGAGGGCAGGAAUGUGCAUAUCAACUGA